AUUUUGCAUUUGUCGCCUCUACCAUCUCCAGCAUCUCCAAUGGCCUCUGAAGACGACGACAUUGCUCGGUUUGAUAAUAUUUGCGAUAUUCGAGAGACACGAGAAAAAGCCAGAGAAAUAUAUCGUCUAGUAAAAUCCAGCCCAAAUGUUUCCAGCCUCGGCACAGUUGCGUUGGCGGCCAUUUGCGCGUAUGUCGCGUCAUCGAGACUUGGAAAUGGCGAUGUGCGGCGCAAUUUAGCCCUCACUGUAUCAUCUCUUGCUACUAUGGCAGAUUUCGAAACGGGUGUUUCUACAGUAGAAUAUGCCCUUAGUGCUGGCAAUCAGAGGAGGAAGAGUCGUUCUAGUACCCACGGGUUCUAUGACAGACUCAUAGAAGAACACAGGCUCACUGCUGUGUCAGAUUUGGUUAAGCGCUCUAUGCGCAAGGCCGAAGAUUUUCUGGUGAUGCAGGCCGUCUUCGACAUCGACAACCGGGAGAUUAAAUACGCAAUAUUUUACUGGAUUCAUGCAAUCUUAAUGCCGAACGUUCGACUUGAUCAUGAAGCCUUUUUAGAGGAGACAGGCAACACAGGACAAUUCGAUCGCAUCGUCGAGCUACUCACCAGCAGCGCCGCUCAUUUAAAGGGGCAGAUAACUGCGGAACGCAGGGAGCACGUUUUGGCACUGCCAGGUCGAUAUCCCACGCCUUCGAAAACUCCAACUCACGCCCAAAGAGCAACGAAGUCCGAAAAGAUUCUAACCCCUUUUGAUUCCAACAACACUAUGACGCUUACUCGACCACUGACCCUCAAAAUACCACUGCUGGGCUCCGAUAGCAGUUCCACUAGUUCUCCGUGUCGGUCUCCCAUUACGCGUCCAUCUGAAGCACCGCCAGACGGUGGCACCCUAUCUUCGUCUGAGAAUCAUCAGGAAGAUGCCGUCUUUGAACAGUCUCGUGAGAAAACGAAAUCGAGGGAAAGCGUUGACGCUCAAGAAGACCUGCUCCCGACUAUAAAAACUCUGCGAGAGAAGUUGGCUGAGAGCCACAAACUUCUCGAUGCUCAGCAGUCAAUAGCAGAUGAGAAACUCGAAGAGUUGGGGCGUAACUUGGAUGAGAAAGAAGCUGCACUUUCCGCGGCAAACGCUGCAGCCGCGAGCUUACAGGUUGAAUUGUCCUCCCUAAAAAAGGAUCUGAAGAAUAAAGAGUCGGAGCUUGCAGUUGCCACUAUGACAAUAACUACCUUACAGACCGAAAUGCAGCCACAUUCACGUGAAUCUCAGCAGAAGCAUAUAAUGUUACGGGACAAACUCGAACAUGCUCAACACCAAAAGGAGACACGCCAGGAGCGUCUCGAAAACCAGGUUUCGAAAACUGCAGCUCAACCGUCGGGAGAAACGUCAGGUGUUAAAAUAACGAGCGAUCAGCAGAUCGAAACGGACAUAACAUCGCAACAUUCACAAGACCACCCUAUAGCAUUAGGAAGGGUCCAAGAAGAAGCGGGGCCUAGAAGUCGUCAAAGAUAUGAAAGUGUUGGAGAGGACCUUGAAGACCUAGAAUCCUGGCGUAUGAAUUCGCACGAAGACACGCUCAGAGAUGAGAUCCAAAGGCUGCGAGAGGAUAACGAUAUAAUAACGACUCGCUACAAACGCAAAAUUGAUGCACUGAAGCGCCAAAUCGCUUCGGAGCGCAAAGCGAGACAGCAGCAGGAUAUCUUGGAGUAUCUCAGUAUAUCUGCUCAGAGUGCGCAUUUGUCCGAAGCUAUUGAGGACUAUGAGCCACGUUCUGAAACGUCCAGGCGCAUUCUGGUGGCCGUAAGAUCACAUCUGAAGGCACUAGAUACCAUUGGAGAGAGGCGUCGAAAGAUACCUCUGAAAUAUGACAAACUAGUAGAGGUGAUGACGAAUCGGUACGGAAUCAAGGAGGAAGAACUGGAUGAGGUAGAUGAAUUCAUUCUAUGGGGGCCUAAUGAAGAUGAAGAACUGGACGAAUCUGCUGGAGUGGAGCCGAGACAUAAGAAGCGAAAGGUCGCAUCGAUUUCAUAGGUGUUUUGCCUUCUGUGUCUGCUCUCUGUGAAUUGGGAUAUGGUGGAACAAAAAUGUUAUGGACAUGUCAUGUACAAUAAUUCUGGAUGUCAUCUGAACAUGCGUAAUGGCAGCUUCG